AUGGCGGAUGAAGAAGUCUUUAAUGUUGAAAAUGACCUGCCAAUGUUUUUAGAGUCCGUUUUAGACAACGUAGAAUCUAUUUUUCAAAGUGAUGUUGACCUAGAAGUCGCCGAAUCCCAUGCUGAAGUUAUUGAUCAAAGUAUUCGUUUGAUUAGAUCAAUAAGUGAGUGCGCCGAUGUCGAGACUCAAGACAAGAUGAAUCUGAAUACACUUGCCACCGUUUUUACUGAUGUACUAUCGCUGUUACACCAUCGAAAUGCCAUAAGAUCUCCAACUACGGUUUAUGAGAACAAAACUGAGGUAGCAACUGAGGCAAAUGGUUGUCCUGGAAGACCACGUUUUGUUAUCCGUGCUGAAAUGCUUGAAGAGCUUCGAGAACUUGGAUUUAGUUGGACUAAGAUAGGAGAAAUUUUGGGGGUGUCUAGGUGGACAAUUCAUAGACGGGUAGCAGAGUAUGGUUUGGAAAAUAUGACUGGAUUUCAUCACUUGCCUGACGAAGAACUUGAUGAAAAAGUCAAAGAAUUUAUUUUAAAUCAUGGCUGCACAACUGGACAGUGUUAUGUCGAAGGUUACCUGAAGUCAGUUGGCUUAAGAAUUCAAAGAAAAAGAAUAAGAGAAAGUAUGGCAAGAGUUGACCCACACAACACUGCAUUGCGUUGGGGUAUUGUUAUUUCUCGCAGGCAAUAUCAAGUUCCUUGGCCAAAUUCCCUAUGGCACCUGGAUGGCCAUCAUUCUUUGAUUAGAUGGAAGAUGGUUAUUCACGGUUGCAUAGAUGGUUAUUCCAGACGAAUAAUGUUUUUUAAGAUGUAG